AUGGAAACGAGCAAAGUUAGUGUUCUCACUGCAGAUGGCAAGAUUUUUGAGAUGGAUCCUUCAGACGCACUUGAAAUUGCAUUCAUUCGAGGAAAAAUGGAAAAUAAUGAUGAAACUGAGGAAAUACAGUUAGAACAUGUUGACUAUUCUGAGCUGGAAAAGGUUGUCCAGUUCUUACAUCAGUUGCAGAUAAAGCCUUACAAGAUGCCUAUUCCAAAGCCUUUGCCUUCUGAUAGGCUAGAGGAUUUCAUAGAUGUUCAAUGGUAUAUAGACUUCAUUGAUAUGCCGAAGAAAGAUCUUCUGAAGCUGAUUAGAGCAGCUAAUUUCCUCAACAUCGAGAGACUUUUCGAACUUGCUUGUGCCAAAAUUGGCUCCCAAAUAAAAGGCAUGACUAUCGAAGAACUUAGAGAGUUCUUUGAAAUCGUCAAUGAUUUUACAAAUGAUGAAGAAGAAACCAUCAUGAUAGGCAAAGCUAACAUUUAUCAGCACGAGCAGGAUAGCACGAUUGCACCUGAGCAAUAA